AACGGAAAACAUAUCACAGAAGACCCUCUAUAGAUAAGUGAGGUGACACUGGCAGUACAACAAGACUUAACCUAACACAAUGUCUGCCGUCAUGGUUCUCCGCGUAUUGAUUGUGACAGUGUUGUUCUGCGGUUGCCUUACAUCACCAAUGAAGCCAGAAGCGGCCAAUAGAGGGCUUUUUUCCGCGUUUCAAGACAUAUUCGGAUGCGGGGUGAAUAUGAUGCUGGAUGCGGCUGGUGGAAUGUCCCAGACGAUUGGAGCAGGCAUGGACACCGCGAUGAACAUGUUCGGUGGUUUCUCACCAUUCCAAUGGAAUCCUUUUGCCAGCAAUGCUGCUUUGGACAAUGUCCUCUCCAGUGCUACAAUAAAGCCACCCACAGAAACAACUAUAGCACCAACUGUAGCACCAACUACAAGUGCCAACCCGGAACACCACUGGAUAGCCCUGGGCAGGAAAUAGUUCUUGUU